AUGACGGACAAAAUCGCUGCCAAAGUCGCCAGAUCGCUAUUCAAGGGCCAGGCCACUGCAUUUGAGCCACGUGAUCCGCUCUACGAGACUUCAGUCAACCCUCAGACCGGCAAACGAAAACGUACCCAACGCGAGCUCCCGCCUGGCUUGAGUAAGCAUGAAGAGAAAAUUCUGAAAAAGAUCAGAAAGCGCGCCCACUAUCUCGACAAAGGAUUUUCGAUUUGCGGAUUCAGAUUUGGAUGGACAUUUCUAAUCGGUUUCAUUCCAGUGGUUGGAGACGCAGCCGACGCGGCUUUAUCUUACUACCUCGUCAUUCGACCAGCUAGGAAGUGCAACUUACCUCCGUUAUUGGUUCAGCGAAUGUUCUUGAAUCAGAUAAUCGCGACAUCUAUCGGACUGGUACCUAUCGUUGGAGACAUCAUAAUGGCGAUAUGGAAAGUAAACUCACGAAACGCGGCCUUGUUUGAGGAUUUCAUUACGCUACGUGCCAAAAACGCCCUCGAUGCCUCGCAGCCAAAUGGGGUUACACCAUCGGAAACGGCAGCGCUUGUAGAGAACAGUACCAGAACCGCUUAUAUCGAUGGAAUCACAGGCGAUCGGGAACCUCUCGGUAAUAAACCCAAGCCAGCCCAAUCAACCAGUGCAGGCCCCUCUCAAGCGGCUCCCACUUCCGAGAACACUGAAGCUAACAAGAACCGCAAGCCUUCCCAAGGAUGGUUCAAAAUCAAAAAAUAG